UAGGGUUAUAGUUUAUUGGGUUAUUCUUAUCUUUCAAAGCUUUCUCGAUCGGUCUAAAACCCAUCCUUCCAGGAUUUUUCAAACAAACCAAGAGCGCCAACUUGAACAGAAAUCCAUGGCUUCUACUUCAACAUCCCCAAUACCCUUGCGAGGCAAUGCUCGAAAACCGAGUUUCUCACCAUUACCAGCUAAAGAUGCAUCGCAAAAGACGCUUAGCUUUUCAUUUUCAUCACGGUCAAGCAAAGUCAUAUGCGUUAAAUCUUCUAGCACUGUGAAGUACAAUGAAGUGGUCGUCGAUGAAGAGAUAAACAAGAUUAGGAGACUCCAAAACGGGUCCGAUGUUCGGGGGGUUGCGUUGGAAGGCGAAAAGGGUCGAACAGUGGACCUAACCCCUCCAGCCGUGGAAGCAAUUGCCGAGAGUUUUGGAGAGUGGGUUAUCAAGGCCUUGGAAGAACGAGAACGACGUCCAGCGGAAGAUGUUAGAGUAUCACUUGGCAAAGACCCUCGAAUAUCAGGAGCAUCUCUCAGUGUAGCAGUAUUCGCAGGCCUUGCUCGAGCUGGUUGCUUGGUAUUUGACAUGGGCCUUGCAACGACGCCAGCUUGUUUUAUGAGCACAUUGCUGCCACCAUUUUGCUACGAUGCUUCAAUAAUGAUGACAGCUUCUCACUUACCCUACACCCGCAAUGGUCUGAAAUUCUUCACCAAGAAAGGAGGGCUAACCUCACCAGAGGUGGAACAGAUAUGUGACAAAGCUGCUCGUAAGUACGCGAACAGGCUGACGAAAGUAUCCACCAUGCUCAACUUUCCAUCGAAAAAGGUUGAUUUUAUGAGCGCUUAUGCAAAGCACCUUCGAGACAUCAUCAAGGAGAGAGUGAACCAUCCGCUUCACUAUGACACUCCACUUAAAGGAUUUCAGAUAAUUGUAAAUGCUGGAAAUGGAUCAGGAGGCUUCUUCACAUGGGAUGUGUUAGACAAGCUUGGCGCGGAUACCUUUGGUUCUCUGCACCUCAAUCCAGAUGGGAUGUUCCCCAAUCACAUCCCUAAUCCUGAAGACAAAACUGCAAUGGCAUUAACCAGAGCUGCUGUGCUACACAACUCAGCUGAUCUAGGGAUUGUUUUCGACACCGAUGUAGACCGCAGUGGUGUAGUCGACAACAAAGGCAACCCCAUCAAUGGGGACAAGCUUAUAGGCCUAAUGUCUGCCAUUGUUUUGAAGGAACAUCCUGGUACCACUAUUGUUACCGAUGCUCGUACAAGCAUGGCACUUACAAAAUUUAUCACUGAAAGGGGAGGUCAUCAUUGCUUGUAUCGUGUCGGAUACCGGAAUGUUAUUGAUAAGGCCGUUCAACUGAACAAGGAUGGCAUUGAAACACAUCUCAUGAUGGAAACUUCAGGACAUGGUGCACUCAAAGAGAAUUAUUUCCUGGAUGAUGGGGCUUUUAUGGUAGUAAAAAUCAUCAUCGAAAUGGUACACAUGAAGCUUUCCGGAUCAGAUGAAGGAAUAGGUAGUCUAAUAAAAGAUCUUGAAGAACCUCUGGAGUCUAUUGAGCUUAGGAUGAAUAUCAUCUCUGAGCCUAAAUAUGCAAAGGCAAGAGGUACGGAGGCGAUUGAAGCAUUCCGAUCUUACGUUGAGGAAGGUCAGCUUGAAGGCUGGGAAUUGGACUCCUGCGGUGACUGCUGGGUAAGCGAAGGCUGCCUUGUGGACUCAAACGACAGUCCAGCAGCCAUUGAUGCUCACAUGUACAGGGCUAAAGUUUCAAAUGAAAAAAAUGAAGAAGUUGGUUGGGUACACAUAAGGCAGAGUAUCCACAACCCAAAUAUCGCUGUAAAUGUGCAAUCGUCGGUGCCUGGAGGCUGUCAAUUGAUGACAAGAGUUCUCAGAGACAAGUUUCUCUUGGCAAGUGGAAUGGACGAAAUCCUUGACAUUUCUCAGGUCGAGAAGUACGCGAGAAUUGGGGAUAGGGCCUAACAUGCACUUUGCUUUCAGAAUUCGUAAUCUCUUUUCUAUUUUUCAUGGGAAAAUGCAAGGCAAUGACCUUAAUUAUAUAUUCUGUGACAUAUAAAAAGGAUGUAUUACUAUGUACAGAAAAGACAAUGCAUAUUAUAUUGCUGUUUUUUUAUUAUGGAUAUAAACAAAAAAGAAUUUGAAAAUAAUGCAAAAGGUAUUUAAUUACUA